AUGAUUGGAAGUCCCCUGGGUGCAAGAGAGCGGAGCCCUGACCCUCAGCGAUUGGAGCCUGGUGAACUGACUCCAGUACACCAGCGUGCAAACCGCCGCCUCCGAGGAGACCCGCCUGAAUUUGGACCGCUCCCUACUGCUCCGGCAACACAGGCAUCGUCCACUGCCAACGAAAGAACGAUGGCCAGCCCGGUGACAUCCGAACUCAUCGUGUCCCCACCGUGCAUGCCUGAGCCCUUCCACGAUGAUACGUACGAAGAUGUGGAGGACUGGUUGGAACACUUCGAGCGGGUGGCGAACAUCAACGGCUGGGACGAGGCAAGAAAACUGAGCCGCAUGUACUUCGCGUUGGAGGAUGCAGCGAGGACAUGGUAUGAAAACCACGAAGCGGUGAUACCGACCUGGCAAGAGUUUCGACGACAUCUGGUCGCUACGUAUGCCAGCACCGAUCGUCGAGAGAAGGCAGAGAAUGCUCUCCAGUCCAGAAACCAGCGCACGAACGAGAGCGUUGGCAUGUAUAUCGAGGACAUGUCCCGCCUUUUCAGACGCGCCGAUCCGAACAUGACCGAAGAGAAAAAACUGCGUCACCUGAUGCGAGGAGUCAAACAGGACUUAUUCGCAGGGUUGGUUCGCAACCCACCACGCACCGUUGCCGAGUUCCGCAGCGAAGCCACGACCAUAGAGCGCGCAUUGCAGCAGCGCUCCCGUCGCUAG